CAAGAACCCGAGACAAAAUGAAAAAAGAGAACAAACACGAGUUGAACAUUACACGUAUAAUAGGCACGUAGACAAUAUAUUACGUAACUUACGCACUUAAGAAUAAAAAAAUCAAUCAAAGGCCGAGUCGAUUCAUUUCCUUAACCACGAUAUGGAGGAUUGUCAACUCUCCACACGGCCCGGAGUCAUGCAAUUCAAAGGCCCGUUUUGAAAUAUACCUUAGAACCCCAACUCUCUAUUCAAUCAUGAAAACAUACUUCCACUAUAGAAAAAGUUUAUAAAAGAGAGAAUCUAUUAUGCAUUCAACUCUCAUACAUAAUCUAUUCACAAACCGCCAAUACCUUAUGCAUUUUAAUAAACUUUUUCUCCUAAUGAUGAGCACAUUUCACAGAUUUCCAUGAACUUCUCAAACCAAUGACGUUUUUUCUAUUCACUUAGAUGAACACAACAUAUUUUCAAUAAAUCAAGAAUUGUUUUUGAGCUUAAACAACCUCAACUCAAUGAAAAUAACAAACAAACACAGGAAAAAAUACACAAUCACUCAAUAACGAAUUCUAAGAAAAAUGAAUCAUCUUAUGGGGCUAAGAAGUCCAAAAUUCUUAAAAUCAACGAACACAAGCACAAAAGGGAUUCACGUAUGAAUUCGGAGUUCAUUUAACUACCUUAUGGAGCUAAAAUAGGUUCAACAAAAACCGAAUUCUACAUAACAACCUACUUAUGAAAUCAAAUUGUACAAUUCAACCAAUUCAACAACAACUUGCUCAAUAAUUGAAGAAAAACUAGUUUGAAUCAAUUCUUCAUUCAUAAGGGAUUAAAUAUACACAUUAAAGAAAAUACCCAUAAAAGAACACCAACCAUUUUUUUAGAAUUUUUGAAAUAAACACAACAAGCAAAAAAUGUAUAAUUGAAUAAAAGACAAACUUUUACAUAGAAUUGGAGGAAAAAAAUAUAAAUUGACAAAUAAGGGUUACCAAUUGUUGAAGAAGAAGAUGAAAUUGAAGAAAUUGGAGCUUGAAGAAGACUGCCCACCACUCGCCGGAGCUUUUGCCGCCGCCGGUUCGCGUCUGCAGGCCGUCCGCCACCGCCGCCGAGAUGUCGCCGGAACCCGCCGUAGCAGCGGCUUGGCCGCUGCUUUAUUCUCGUGUGUUUCCCCCCUUCUCGAUGGUGAUUCUGUGCUCAAUUUAUAGUCGAAGCUUUUCUUCCCGUUGGCAAUUGAUUGUCACGAAAUUGAUGGAGCCGAACGUUGGAGUGUUGAAUGCUUCGCCGGUUUACGCUCGUUCCGUUGACGACGACGGAGUCGUAGACUCCUUUUCCUUGUGUCGUGCGUGAAAUUGAAGAGGAAAGAGGGGUGCUGGGCUGAUCUCUUUUAUGAUUGGGUUUGGGCUGCAGCCCAAACUCAUUCACUUCUUUUCAAACUUGAACUGCAUUUUGGCCUUCUGCUAUAUUUUUCUCCAAAAACUAAGAUAUCUGAUAACUUGGGUUAGGAAAAAUAAAAUAAAAAUAAUAGAAUGUAAAAAAUGGUUAAAAAGCUACUAUUUAUGAAAGAAAAUAAAAAGAAUUUAAAAAUGAAAAUUAUAAUAAAACUAAGCUAAACAACUAAAAAUUAAACUCUAAAAAUAUUAAAAAUGCCUAAAAUUGAAUAAAAAGAACCAAACCAAACCCGAGUUAUCAAAUACCCCCACGCUUAAGAGUUGAACGUCCUCGUUCAAAAGACCAAAAAGAAACCAAACUUUUUAUCAUCAUCAAGAAGAACAAAUUGCACCUUACACCCCCACACUUAAGACUUUAUGCUCAAAACAUUUUUGAAAACAAAGUGAGCUACAAAUCCUAUAAAAAUAUAGAACUAAGUAAUGGACUAUUUGGGUUCUAAAAGAAAUGCUCUAAAGUUGCCACAAAAAAGUUUCUUAAGGGAAUCCUAUGGUUUAAAACGGCUUAAUGGCAACGGUAGCAAAAUUUAAAAAAAUAAGCCUAAAAAAUGAACAAAUUUCUAUAAAAAAAAAUAUAUUCCUAAAACCGGUUCAUUUUAGAUUUUAAAUACCACACAAGGUUAAUAAGAACAGCAUCUAGAUAAUAUGUGGAUGAACAAGUUCUAGAAAACAAAAUUCUAAAGAAACCUAAAAGGAUUCAAACUUUAAGGUCACAUUUAUUCAGAAACUGGGCAUAAGACUCAAGAAGAGUUUGCAAAGAAUCAUUUGUUAUCUUUCAGAACAAAGCACAAAGAAGAAAAUGAAGUUUUUGGGUCUUUUUUUUUAAAACAACGCUCUAAAUAAGAAGAUAUGCAACUAAGAAUAAAAAAUAUUUGGACCCAAAACCUAUUUUUUUGAAAAAAUUUUGCCCCAAAAGUUUUUUUAAGCAAUGACACAAGCAUGAGCAACUCCCCCCACACUUAAAAUGUGCAUAGUCCUCGAUGCAUCUAUAUGGUAUGCAAACGACAAUAUUAAGCAAGCACGGACUUAGCAAAGAGAGAAGGGAAGGGGAAAUGCAACUAAAAAACAAAGUAUACGCAGCAUCAACUCAUCACUUUUCCCUCCUUAAAGUGCUCGAUGGACCUAAAAUAUGCAAAACAUGACUAAGACCAAGUCUUUUAGCUUUGAAGAGAUAAAGAAUCAGAUUUAAGGAAUGUAUAUUUUAAGCUUCAAAUCAAGUUCUUGAGAACAAAUUCUUGUGCCUUUUUGCACUUUCCAAAACAAAAUGUUGCAUAUGAGAAGGUUAGUUAUGUCAUGCACAUGCAAAGCAGCUCAUAUGCAUCUAUUAACAUCAAAAAUCAGAUUGAACACCAAGAAAAGAUUGCAGAUUUUUUUUUUUCUAUUUCAGCACCUAUAAGCUAUAAAAAGUGUAAAAUUUGCAUUUUGCACUCAAAAAAUCAACUUACAAGUCCAAAAAUAACUUUUCAAAAUGCAGAACUUUUCAUUAGUAUCCGAAAAUCAGUUGUAAACAAUGCAUAUGUCUCAAUUUUCAGCUUAAAGGAUAGGCUAUUCACUUGUGCAAAAAAGUAUGACUUUAUAGUGAAACUUCUCAUUGUGCAAGUUGUAAUAUCAGAACCCAAUCUUUGAACACAAAAAGGAUAAGGAAACUAAAGCUUAAACCUCGGGCAGUUGGAGGCUAGAGCUACUGAUUUGGAUCAGAUUUCACACCUGUUUGUGCAGAUUUUUACUCCAAAGGGCAUGCUUCUACCUAUGACUUGAUAGAUCUUGAAUAUUCACUCAAAUAAAUGGUUAGAAGCAUACAUGAAGUAAAAAAGCAUUUAAACUCAAGCAACAUACUUUUUUCAGUUUUUUUUGUUUUUCAAAAAUAAAAUGAAAGAGAAAAAGGAAA